AUGUUUCCAGAAAACGUGAGAGAAUUGAUCAGCGACAAAUACGAGAAGGCCGUGAACAAUGGCGAUGUCAAGUUAAUCGAGGCUACUUCCAAGAAAUUUAAGGAUUCCAAGACCGGAAUGCAAUAUUUUGUAAAUUUGGCACCAUCUUUAGGUGAAAAAAUCAAAUCCACCGAGGAGUCCAAGGAGGAUCCAUUUGCCAGGCCUGCUGAAGAACUUACAGUAUUAGCUGAUGUUGCUGAGAACUACCAAUUGCUAUUAAACAAGUUCCCAGUCGUUCCAGAACAUUCUUUAUUAGUCACCAAAGAAUUCCAAGACCAAUCUUCUGCUUUGACUCCAAAGGAAUUGAUGAUGGCUUACAAUUUAGUAGUCAAAAUGGAUGACGAAGACGAAAACUUGAAGCAUUUACUAUUCUACAAUUGUGGUCCAUCCAGUGGUUCUUCUCAAGACCACAAACAUUUACAAAUAAUGAAAUUACCAAACAACUUCAUCCCAUUCCAGGAAAAAUUGUGCAGCGGUAAGGAACAUUUCUUACCCGAUUUCAAGACAGAACCCUUACAAGAUGCCAAAGUCUCUUUCGCUCAUUUCGUCUUACCUUUGCCAGAAUCCCCAGAAGAUGUUAACGAAGAUCUCUUAGCGAUGUGUUACAUCUCCUUGUUACAGAGAGCUUUGACUUUCUUCCAAGAUUGGUUGAACGAAAGACCAGACUUAGUCAAAUCCUACAAUGUCCUUCUAACCAAGAGCUGGAUCUGUAUUGUUCCCCGUUCAAAUGAAGGUUUCAAUCUUGACGACCAGGACGACCAAAAAUCCAACGAUCCAAAACUGGACAUGUCCGUCAACGCCACCGGCUACGCAGGUUUGAUCCUAACCAAGAGCCAGGAAGCCUUCGAUAAAAUCGCCGACUCUCCAAACGUCAUCGACGAUUUACUCUUGAACUGUGGUUUCCCAAACUCUUCCGAACAAAAACCUUCCGAAUACAACUACUAA